AUGUGGAUGCUUUCUUGGCUGAGUGCCAUUUUAAUUAUGCUGCUUAUUGCUGAUAUGGAUGCAAUUGCAAAGACCACACCAUAUACCAAAUUUACAAAGAAAUCGGAGGGAAAAGAGACGCCGAAGAGUCUAAAACCGUCCAAGGGUCCUCUGGAAGAAGACGCCCUACUCAGUGAUGUGGCUGAAACAGCAGGACCUUCGGCCCUGCACUCAGUUGUUGGCACGGCCACUCUUUUCCCCUUUGAGAACUUCACCCUUGACGCAGCUGAUUUCUUUUUGAAUUGUUGUGACUGCUGUUCGCCUGUCCCAGGACAGAAAGGAGAGCGCGGAGCACCUGGAAAUCCAGGUCCCAAAGGGGAGGCUGGUGGUUUGGGGAUCCCAGGACCACCGGGAGUCAUUGGACCCCAAGGUCUACAAGGCCAGAAAGGAGAGAAGGGACUUAAAGGAGAACGUGGGGACCAAGGAGCAAAUGGGAUUGCCGGUUAUCCAGGAAAACCUGGAGAACAAGGUGGACUUGGUUCCAAGGGAGAUAAAGGAAGCAUUGGACUGGCGGGAAUGAAAGGAGAAAAGGGCUCAAAGGGGGACGCAGGUGCCAACGGUACCAAAGGAGACAAAGGAGAUGGAGGGGUGGAGGGUUCUCCAGGUUUAAACGGAGAGCCUGGGGCCCAGGGUGAGAAAGGUGUGGUGGGGGAAAAGGGUGACCGCGGAGACCCUGGGGAGAAGGGAGGGAAAGGGCAAAAAGGCGAGGCGGGCAUGAAAGGAGACCAAGGCAGCAAGGGAGAUCAUGGCCCGGAAGGUAAAAGAGGCCCGGAUGGCCUGCCUGGGGCCAAAGGUGAUCCAGGGAUGAAAGGAGCACGGGGGGACCUAGGUCCUCCUGGCCUGGUGGGAUCUGCUGGGCUGAAAGGCGAGGUGGGGAGCAAAGGAGGCCGAGGAUCUAUUGGGAAGAAGGGAUCGCGGGGCCUUAAAGGGUCCAAGGGCGAGGGAGCUGGAGUUGCUCGGGCCGCUUUCAGUGCUGCCCUAUCCAAGCCCUUCCCUCCUCCUGGCGUCCCCAUCAAAUUCGACAGGGUUCUCUACAAUGACCCGGGGCAUUACAGUCCUGUCUCUGGAAAAUUUAACUGUCGUGUGCCCGGCGCAUAUGUGUUUUCCUACCACCUCACAGUGAGGGGUCGCCCUGCUCGAAUCAGCCUGGUGGCUCAGAAUAGGAAGCGGUUUAAAUCCAGAGAGACUCUCUAUGGGCAGGAAAUAGAUCAAGCCUCUCUCCUCAUCAUCCUGAAAUUAAACGCAGGGGACCAGGUCUGGCUGGAAGUUUCAAAAGACUGGAAUGGGGUGUAUGCCAGCGCGGAGGAUGACAGCAUUUUUACUGGGUUCCUUUUGUACCCAGAGGAGCCUACUGGGAUUUCACCAUAA